AUGAUGUCAUGAAUGAAACCGAUGACUUACCGCCAAGCGGGCUCAGCUGGAACGCUUCGAUCCAACAUGGCGGCCCCUCGCCCUCUCAAAAGACCACGUUUGGGGCAGCCAGACGUGUAUCCACAAGACAGUAAGCAAAGAGAGGAUGAGCUCACUGAAGAAAAUGUCAAGAAGGGGUUCAGCUACCAGCCGCUUCCUUUCAGUUCGGGAUCAAUCGAGUAUGGAUCGGCUAAAGAUAUCAUGUCCAAUGUCCCUCUGUCAAAGUUUGCACAAAGCUUCAAUACCAUUUUACUGGAAAAACAGAAACAAAACACCUACACGUCGCAGGAUGGAAACAAGAGGAAAACACAGUCCGUUAAAGACAAUUUUAUGCCCGUGCACAUUACUGCUCGUUCAAGAGCAUUUAUAUCCUCAUGGUUUCAGGAUCUGGCUGGGAACAAACCACUCACAGUUUUGGCCAAGAAAGUGCCAAUAUUCAACAAGAAAGAGGAGAUAUUUAGCAGUCUGUGUGAUUAUUCCAUUCCAAUGCUGCGUGCUGCAUGGUUUAUAAAAAUAUCGUCAGCUUACAACACAGGUGUUAAUGAAUCCAAGGGCAAGAAAAGAAUCAUGGCAGACCCAGCAUCAGACUGGACCCAUGCCUUAACAAAAUUCUUGAAGGACCAGUUAAACAAGAUUGCAGAUUUCUAUCAGAGCCACUUUGGUGGAAUAACUUCCUCCCAACAUCAACAAAAGAUGACACCUGAAAUGGAGCAAGCACUCAAACAGUGGAACUACACUGUAAGACUCUCACAUUGGCUUUACGAGGAGAGCCUACUUGAUAGGCAGGACUUCCUUCAAUGGUUGUUAGAUUUGUUGGAUAAAAGCAAGAAUGCUGAUGACUUGCUGCUAAAAUUCCUAAUUCCUCUUCUGCUAAGGUAUGUAGACCAAAUAGUUAUGUCUCAAACUCUUGCCAGAAGCCUGGCCCAAGUGUGUUCCAAGAAGUUGACAACACUAUACUCUGCAGCUGAACAGAUGCAGUCUGAACAGCAGAGUCAAGGAACAAACAGUUCUACCAGGACGAGCAGUUCAUCUAUACCAAGCCCCGUACCAGCCAUUACUUCAGAGAGCUCAUCCUUGGCUGCUAUCAGUCCUCAGUCACUUCCUGUCCUUUCGCAGUACAAGACAUGCCCUCAGCACCAUGCCCUUGUUCUAGCUCUGAGUUCAGUUCUGCAGACUAUAGCCAUCUGUUGUCCUGGUGCUCUCAUCUGGAACUCCAAUCCCUGUGGAGGUAGCUCCAGUAGCACAGCAAGCAGUGGAAAUAACUCCAGUGGGGCAAACGCUGAUGCUGGUACCAGUAAACCUGCUGUGUUGGGAUCACCAUUGGACAGGCUGCCUAUUGCACCAUCUGCAAUGCCUCUUCCAUCUCCUGGGAAUGCACAAGGAUCCUCGAAUUCCGAGGUAGUUAAACUUUUGAGUGUAAUGUACUUGUUACUGUUUUUAAUUCAGGCUAUNACAAGUUCUAUUGACUCACUUUACAGCAAAAUAUUUGCAGACUCAAUAAAAACAGGAGGAGAGGCAUCUGCAACUGAUGAGGCAAUUGCUCUUCUCUUGUUCGAGUGGGCAGUCAGUAAAUACCGUGUGGGAAAAUUCCGGGCAUUAGCUGUUGCUAAAAUAUUGCAACGGAGGCAAACAGAAAUCCUUGAUGAGGUAAGACACUGUACUGUCAUUAUGGGUGCAUUUCUUUGGGAAAAUCCAAGAUUGGAUUCUGAAAAUCCAAAAUACAGUGUUUUUUCUUCGUUAAAUUUGUUUGUUUUGUUUCCUGAUGGUAAAAAUGCUUUUUCUACAGAUGGUGGUUACCAACACAACAAGGCGCAUCCAAGUUUUGCACAGUUAACCCUUCUGUUUGGAGAACUCAUCAGAAAUGAAGUGUUCUCCCACAAUGCAUACAUGUGCAGCCUCAUAUCAUGUGGAGAUCUUCAACCCACUCCUCCUGUUUCCAUCCCCUCUCCACCAAGGCCAGUAGUGCCAAGCAUGGAACACGCUCCGGAAGCUGAGCCAAUGGGCAUUGAAGAGUGUGUACAGGAGGGGGAUGCACCAGGGGGAAUAGACAUCCACAGUUUGACAUGUCAGGAAGAUGACGGCCGUAAGGACAGCAGCAGUGACAGUGAACUUAAGAUCUCUCAACAGCUCCUGGAUCAGGAGCUUCAAGUGCAUCAAGAAAGACUCAUACAGCUGCUUGAUCAGGGUGACAAUGAGAUCUUUGUUGAGCAAGAAGCCCCGAUAUUGACUGCUGAUCUUUCAGCUGUUGGAAAUGGUACCAAACUGGAGGCUAACUUGAUAAAUCCUGCUUUGCUGUCCAGUGAUCAAAGAGACAAUGCACUCAUGGAUUCAUCGUGCAAUCUUCCCAAAAAGUCACAACAUGCCCAAUAUGCCCAGCAUUUCCCCAUCCCUGCUGACAACCUCUCGGCACAUGAGAAUAAUCAGCGACUCAUACUGUUGUAUGGAGUGGGUAAGGGAAGAAGUCAAGCGAUAGCAACAACCAAAGAAGUCACCAAGGCAUUGUGUGCCAUGCUGAAUGAUCUAGGAAGAGUGGAUGACUCUGCACUCAGUGCUGAUGCUGCGCAGAACAGUGAACACCUGGCUUUAAAAAAGGAAAGGGAUGAGAAAAGAGCUGCACUUUACAACAAAUUCUCCAACUUGACUUGCUUUGACCAGUACCAAGCUGUAGCAAAGUGCGCCAACAUUCUUCGUGACCAGAAGGCCAAACAAGCCAAGAUGUUUGGUCUGGUUUUGCCAACCCCAACACUCAACCAACUAGAAUUCCUGUAUGACCUGUUUGAACUGUCUGGUGAUGUUCACGGACUUCUUGAUUUCGUGGCUUUUGUUCUGAUGCCAAGUGAAGAGGACAUCUCAACCACACAAGUCGCACUCGUCAAAACAGUUGUAGGGACAUUACCAACCAAGUCUACCAUCGUAGUGGCAAUGCUGCGAAAAUAUCAUGCCUGCCUGAUGUUGCUGCCUGAGCACACUACUAGGAUAUUUAGAGGUUGCCCUACACGUUUUUAUUUACAGUCGAAGUAUGCCGACAUUUUCAGCACAGCCUUCACUAAGAUCAAGCAGGCUGUGUGUUCAAGCACUACACCUUCAGCUUGCACCGAGUCCUAUGAUCAGAAAUUUAUGGCAGAGUACUUCCAGAACCCAAGGACUAAGAGGCUUGAUGGCAUCUGGGAAUACCUUCACAACCAUGAGAAACCAUCAGAUGUGUACAGCUUCGUGUGUAAUGCCCUGAUGAAUGUCUGCAACUGUCAGAAUAGUGAAAGGUUGUUUGAUAUCGGUGUUCUGUGUGCAGAGGUUACUGCCCAUCAUGGUAGGCUCAGUUCAGAGUGGCUUGGUGUUCUAAGGGCUUUGUGCUGCUCUUCUAACAGUUCAUCAGGAUUUGUGGACUUGCUUUUGGAAGUAGACGUCGGGGAUUUAUCCAUCCAUGAGUCAGUGGCCACUUUCACAGCCUUGCUUAUAGCCAGAAGUUGUUUCUCAUUGGAGGAUGUGAUCUAUCACGUGGCCCUGCCGUCACUUCUAGCCGCACUACCAUCUGGUGAGUUACCACACACUAUACUCCUGUUACAAACCAUCGAAGCUUAGCUAUGCCUCGUCGACU